AGUUUGGGAGGCGGAGGCGGCAUUUGGACAGGAGCCCCUUGUCCUGAAGCCUCGGUCAGGAACCGGCGCGCACCGGCUGCCCUGAACGGGUCCAUUCAAGCCCCGGCUCCCCGGCCACAGCCGCUGCCCAUGGGCGACUCCCCAGCGCUCCGCGGCAGUGCGGUGCGUUUCCACGAGGGGCACGCGGGCUGCAACCUCCCCGAGCCUCCGCCUUGGAAGAAGUUCCCCGCGGUGCCCGGUCACGCCGGGCUGCCCCGCCUGCGGCUGCUGCGGCGACAGGACCCGCCUCGCGCCGGGGGGAGAGACCCGCUCCCCCAGCCGCCUCAGCAGAGAUGCCUAGGCAAUUUCCAAAGCUGAACACUUCUGAGGUUGAUGAGCAGGUGCGGCUUCUAGCAGAGAAGGUAUUUGCUAAAGUUCUCAGAGAAGAAGACAGCAAAGAUGCCUUGUCACUAUUCACUGUGCCUGAAGACUGUCCUAUUGGGCAGAAAGAGGCUAAAGAGAGGGAACUGCAGAAGGAGUUGGCAGAACAGCAUUCUGUGGAGACAGCUAAGAGGAAGAAAAGUUUCAGGAUGAUUCGGUCCCAGUCCUUGUCAUUACAAAUGCCAACCCAAGAGUGGAAGGCACCAUCAAUCAGUUCACUUCCCUCUCCUGCAACUCCAGUUCUUCCAGGUGUUGGUCAGUCAGUCCAAGAGGCAUUUACAGUUCCAGAGUUUCAGAGAGUUACAAUCAGUGGGGAUUACUGUGCUGGGGUUACAGUUGAUGAUUACGAACAGGCUGCGAAGGGCCUGGUGAAAGCUCUGCGAAUUCGAGAGAAGUAUUGUCGCCUUGCUUACCAUCGCUUUCCAAGAACAACAGCACAGUAUUUAUGCACUAUGCAAGAUGAAAAAUGGAAGAUGGAAGAUGAAGUAUGUCCAGAUUUCCAUCCACCCCCAGGAAAACUAGAGAAUCCUUACAACCUUGACGAUGCGCCGGGCAAUUUGGAUUAUGUUGUCAAAAUGCAAGGAGGCAUUCUCUUUGUUUAUGACAAUAAAGAAACGAUGAAACUCAAUGAGCCACGGAGUCUGCCAUAUCCUGAUCUGGUGACCUACACACUUGACCUCAGCCAUGUUCUUGCUCUCAUUGCAGAUGGUCCAACAAAAACAUAUUGCCACAGACGACUUAACUUUUUAGAAUCUAAAUUCAGUUUACAUGAGAUGCUAAAUGAAAUGUCUGAAUUUAAAGAACUGAAGAGUAAUCCCCAUCGAGACUUCUAUAACGUGAGAAAGGUUGAUACUCAUAUCCAUGCUGCUGCCUGCAUGAAUCAGAAACAUUUGCUGAAGUUUAUUAAGCGCACUUACAAAACAGAGUCAAAUCGGAUUGUUGUAGAGAAAGAAGGCAAGAAGAUGACUUUAAAACAAGUGUUUGAGAGCCUUCACAUGGAUCCUUAUGACCUCACUGUAGACUCUUUAGAUGUCCAUGCUGGUCGCCAAACAUUUCAUCGGUUUGAUAAAUUUAACUCCAAGUACAAUCCAGUUGGUGCCAGUGAGCUAAGGGACUUGUACCUGAAAACUGAGAACUACCUUGGUGGUGAAUACUUUGCUCGUAUGGUCAAGGAAGUAGCUCGUGAACUAGAAGAAAAUAAAUACCAGUAUAUGGAACCUCGGUUAUCCAUUUAUGGGCGGUCUCCAGAUGAAUGGCAAAAUUUGGCAACAUGGUUCAUUGAACACAAGGUUUAUUCACCCAACAUACGCUGGGUGAUUCAGGUUCCCAGAAUUUAUGACAUAUUUAGGUCAAAAAAUCUUCUGGCUAGUUUUGGGAAAAUGUUAGAGAACAUCUUCUUACCUCUGUUUGAGGCAACCGUCAAUCCCACAGAUCACAGGGAGCUGCACCUCUUCCUCAAAUAUGUGACUGGCUUUGACAGUGUUGAUGAUGAGUCUAAACAUACCGACCACAUGUUCUCUAACAGAAGUCCUAACCCUGACCUCUGGACCAGUGAAAAGAAUCCUCCAUAUAGUUAUUAUUUGUAUUACAUGUACGCCAACAUCAUGGUGCUCAACAACCUUAGAAAGGAAAGAGGCAUGAGUACCUUCCUAUUUCGCCCUCAUUGUGGAGAAGCUGGGUCCAUCACUCAUCUGGUGUCAGCCUUUCUGACAUCUGACAACAUUUCUCAUGGAUUACUCCUGAAGAAGAGUCCAGUUCUUCAGUAUCUUUAUUAUCUUGCACAAAUUCCCAUUGCCAUGUCUCCACUUAGCAACAAUAGCCUAUUCCUUGAGUAUUCAAAAAAUCCACUACGGGAAUUUCUACAUAAGGGACUUCACAUUUCCCUCUCUACAGACGAUCCUAUGCAAUUCCAUUAUACAAAGGAAGCACUUAUGGAGGAAUAUGCCAUAGCAGCUCAAGUGUGGAAACUGAGCACGUGUGACUCCUGUGAGCUAGCAAGAAACAGCGUAAUACAAAGUGGGUUAUCACAUAAGGAAAAACAAAAAUUCUUAGGGGUAAAUUAUUAUAAAGAAGGGCCUGCAGGAAAUGACAUUCGAAAGACAAAUGUGGCACAAAUCCGAAUGGCUUUCAGGUAUGAGACACUGUGUAAUGAGCUCAGCUUCCUGUCUGACGCAAUGAAAUCAGAAGAGAUUACAGUUCUAUCUAAAGAGUCACAGCACCAAGAAACAAGCCAGUCUUCCUCCUGACCCUGUGCAUUUACCAUCUGCUUUUUAAUAAUGAAUCUGUGAUUGACAGCUGCUGAGAUACAACUGUUUGAACAAUACAGAGAAAAGUAUAUAUGGGAGAUGGAGUUAAACAGUGUGUGAAGUUAUUUUCUGUUGCAUUACACUCUUUAAUGUAAUAUCAGUUUGUACAUGCAUUAGGCUAU